UUUUUUUUUUUUUAAUAAAUUUAACGCCGUAUUUCUUGUUUUCUCUUUGUUGAAAAGUGCGCGUACGAGUAUACAGUGUAGUGAAAGACAAAAGAACAAGAGUACGGUUUAAAAAAAAUAAUUGGAUUUAUAACGAAGUCAAUCAUUUUAUCUGACACACACACACACAACAAUUUUUCUGGGAUUUCCAAACUCCGACCAAGUGAAUUUAUCUGGAAUGUAACUGGCACUGGGGAGUAAGAAAUCCAUCAGGAGUGCGCGUUCCUUAACACACAUACACACAAUAUAUCCCAUUCAAUGCAUUUGAUUAUAUUACUAACUAUGGGCAUACACAGUAUUAUUCAGCGCUUUAUUGUUUUUUUGAGUGAUUUAUGCCGAAAAAUUCCAAUAACAUAUUCGGAUAAGAGUAGCAAGAGUGAAGACGAAGAGGAUUCAUCACUUGAGAAGGAAACACUUUUAUCGAUACAGAAUUCGUAUGCCGAAAAAUCAGCAACAGUGGACGCCGAAAACGAAACAUUAAUUGAAGAAAGAACAGUCCCAGUGGAAAAAUCUGAUUCGGACGAAGGUGACUUUGAAUUGAUAUCUAAGGAACAAUUGAACGAAAUGGCCGACAUGCAUAACGGUGAAAAUGUGCACGAGGAUGGAGGCGGAGGUGGCGAUAAUAGACGAUUUUCAAUCUCGGAAGAAGGUAUCUCUGAAGCCAAAGAUAAAUUUCCACAAGAAACCAACAAACUAGCCGCCAACUGGAAUAUGAUGGAACUCGGUGAAAAACGAAAACGAUUGAGACCUAGUAUGUCCAGAGGUGCUGGGCUUGGACUCGAUCGUAAUCAUGAACGUGACUUCGUACUUUCAUCUGUUGAAGAGUUUGUCAAGAGAUUCGACGGUACUCGGGCAAUAAACAAGGUUUUGAUCGCUAACAAUGGAAUUGCUGCCGUUAAAUGUAUGCGCUCAAUACGACGUUGGUCGUAUGAAAUGUUUCAAAAUGAGCGUGCCGUACGUUUUGUUGUCAUGGUUACACCCGAAGAUCUUAAAGCAAACGCUGAAUAUAUCAAAAUGGCCGAUCACUAUGUACCUGUACCAGGUGGUUCAAAUAAUAACAACUACGCCAAUGUUGAAUUGAUUGUUGAUAUUGCGGUGCGAACACAAGUACAAGCCGUAUGGGCUGGAUGGGGUCAUGCAUCCGAAAAUCCAAAAUUACCCGAAUUAUUGCGUAAAGAAUCGAUCGUAUUUUUGGGACCACCAGAGCGUGCUAUGUGGGCUCUUGGUGAUAAAGUUGCAUCAUCGAUUGUUGCACAAACGGCCGAGGUGCCAACACUUUCAUGGUCUGGAUCGAGUUUGAAAGCACAAUACAACAAUAAAAAGAUUAAAAUCUCAUCGGAACUAUUUAAUCGUGGUUGUGUAUCAACGGCCGAAGAAGGUUUGGCGGCUGCACAAAAAAUUGGAUUUCCGGUUAUGAUCAAAGCAUCCGAAGGUGGUGGUGGUAAAGGUAUUCGUCGUGUUGAUAAAUCAGAAGAUUUUGCCUCAUUGUUCCGCCAAGUACAAGCUGAAAUUCCGGGCUCGCCCAUUUUCGUCAUGAAAUUGGCCAGCGGAGCACGCCAUUUAGAAGUUCAAUUAUUGGCUGAUAUGUAUGGCAAUGCAAUCAGUUUGUUUGGCCGUGAUUGUUCCAUUCAACGUCGUCAUCAGAAAAUUAUUGAAGAAGCACCGGCCAUUAUAGCUCAUCCGGAGGUGUUCGAGGAAAUGGAACGAGCUGCCGUUCGUUUGGCCAAAAUGGUUGGCUAUGUGAGCGCCGGUACCGUUGAAUAUUUGUAUGCCAACGAUGGCAAUUACUAUUUCUUGGAAUUGAAUCCAAGGUUACAAGUCGAACAUCCAUGUACGGAAAUGGUCGCCGAUGUCAAUUUGCCUGCUUGUCAAUUGCAAAUCGGAAUGGGUGUACCAUUGUUCCGUUUGAAAGAUAUUCGUUUAUUGUAUGGUGAAUCACCAUGGGAUUCAUCCAUUAUUGAUUUUGAUACACCAAGAAACAAACCAAGACCAUGGGGUCACGUUAUUGCUGCACGUAUCACAUCUGAAAAUCCCGAUGAAGGUUUCAAACCAAGUUCAGGUACUGUGCAAGAAUUGAAUUUCCGUUCAAGCAAAGAUGUAUGGGGUUAUUUCAGUGUUGCCGCAUCUGGUGGUUUGCAUGAAUUUGCCGAUUCACAAUUCGGUCAUUGUUUCUCAUGGGGUGAAACUCGUCAUCAGGCCCGUGAAAAUUUGGUCAUUGCAUUGAAAGAGCUAUCAAUUCGUGGUGAUUUCCGUACAACCGUUGAAUAUUUGAUUACAUUGCUAGAAACAAACAGUUUCUUAGAGAAUACUAUUGAUACUGCCUGGUUGGAUGCCUUAAUUGCUCAACGUGUUCAAGCCGAUAAACCGAACGUUUUGCUCGGUGUUAUCUGCGGUGCUUUGCACAUUGCCGACCGUCAAAUCUCCGAAUCGUUUACACACUUCCAAACUUCAUUGGAAAAAGGUCAAAUUCAAGCGGCCAAUACAUUGACCAAUGUGGUGGAUGUCGAACUGAUUUCGAAUAGCAUAAAAUAUAAAGUUCAAGUUGCCAAAAGUGGUGCAAACACCUAUUUCCUUGUGAUGAAUGGUUCGUUCAAAGAAGUUGAAGUGCAUCGUUUGUCCGACGGGUGUAUGCUUUUGUCGCUGGAAGGUGCUAGUCACACAACUUAUAUGAAAGAAGAGGUCGAUCGUUACCGUAUUGUGAUUGGAAAUCAAACUGUUGUCUUUGAUAAAGAAAAUGAUCCAUCGUUACUUCGAAGUCCAUCGGCUGGUAAAUUAAUCAAUUUAAUUGUUGAAGAUGGUGGCCAUGUGAACAAGGGUCAAGCGUAUGCUGAAAUCGAAGUCAUGAAAAUGGUCAUGACAUUGACGGCUCAAGAGUCCGGUACUGUAUCAUUUGUAAGACGUGGUGGUGCUGUUUUGGAUGCUGGCAGUCUUAUCGGUCACAUUGAAUUGGAUGAUCCAUCAUUAGUCACAAAAGCUCAACUGUACAAAAAUCCAUUCCCACCAUCUGAACACCAUCUUGUUCCAGAGAAAUUGAAUCGUAUUCACAAUAGCUACAAAGCUGCCCUUGAAAAUCGAUUGGCCGGUUUCUGUUUACCAGAUCCAUACAAUACACCACGAUUACGUGAGAUUAUUGAAAAGUUCAUGCAAAGUUUGCGUGAUCGUUCGUUGCCUUUGCUUGAAUUGCAAGAGGUUAUCGCAUCAAUUUCGGGCAGAAUACCGAUGUCCGUUGAAAAGAAAAUCCGUAAAUUGAUGACAUUAUAUGAACGCAAUAUUACCAGUGUUUUGGUACAAUUUCCAUCGCAACAAAUCGCCAGCGUUAUCGAUAGCCAUGCUGCAACACUUCAAAAACGUUCCGAACGUGACGUUUUCUUCUUGACAACGCAGGGAAUCGUUCAACUUGUUCAACGUUAUCGUAAUGGCAUUCGUGGUCGAAUGAAGGCUGCCGUACAUGAAUUGUUGCGUCAAUACUAUGCAGUUGAAAGUCAAUUCCAAUACGGUCACUAUGACAAAUGUGUGGCUGCACUCCGUGAAAAGCACAAGGAUGAUAUGGCCGCUGUGGUCAGCACCAUUUUCUCACACAGUCAAGUGAGCAAAAAGAACUUAUUGGUCACCCUAUUGAUUGAUCAUUUGUGGGACAAUGAGCCUGGAUUGACCGAUGAAUUGGCUGCCACAUUGAGUGAAUUGACAUCAUUGAAUCGUGCCGAACAUUCACGCGUUGCAUUGCGUGCACGUCAAGUUUUGAUUGCUGCCCAUCAACCGGCCUAUGAAUUGCGUCACAAUCAAAUGGAAUCGAUAUUCUUGUCGGCCGUUGAUAUGUACGGUCAUGAUUUCCAUCCGGAAAAUUUGCAACGAUUAAUUUUAUCGGAGACAUCAAUCUUCGAUAUUUUACACGAUUUCUUCUAUCACAGUAAUCGUGCUGUCUGCAAUGCUGCCCUUGAAGUAUACAUUCGUCGAUCGUAUAUUUCAUAUGAAUUGACGUGUUUGCAACACCAUAAACUAUCCGGCGAACUGCCAUUGGUUUAUUUCCAAUUUUUGUUGCCAACGGCUCAUCCAAAUCGAUGCUUCAUGAAAUUCUCGCCAGAAAAAAGUGAAACCGAGACCAUUUUCACUGGUUCAUUUAUGCGUACCGGAUGCAUGGCAGCGUUCAAUUCAUUCGAAAAUUUCCAAGAAUAUUCCGAUGAAAUUUUGGACUUGCUUGAGGAUUCCGUAUCGCCAGCAUUUAUAAAUAGCAAAGUAUUGGAUGCAGUUGAAGCAGCCGAUGAUGGAAGUGGACGGUUGAGUACAUCGAUCAAUGUUUCAUUGUCCGAUCCAAUUUCACGGCCAGCAAACGAACAAGAACAAAACACACCAACUGAACCAAUUCACAUUUUGAGUGUGGCCAUUCGUGAUACUGGUGACAUGGACGAUGCUCAAAUGGCAAAUCAAUUCCAAGCCUAUUGUGAACAACAUCGCGAAGAAUUAUUCCAUCGUCGUGUGCGUCGUAUUACAUUUGCUGCAUUGAAAAAGCGUCAAUUCCCGAAAUUCUUUACAUUCCGUGCUCGUAACAAUUACGAAGAAGAUCGCAUUUAUCGUCAUUUGGAACCGGCCUGUGCCUUCCAAUUGGAAUUGAACCGCAUGCGUACAUACGAUUUAGAAGCUCUACCAACAUCCAACCAGAAAAUGCAUUUGUAUUUGGGCAAAGCCAAAGUGGCCAAAGGACAAGAAGUUACCGAUUUCCGUUUCUUUAUUCGUUCGAUUAUUCGCCAUCAAGAUUUAAUCACCAAGGAAGCAUCAUUCGAAUACUUGCAAAACGAAGGCGAACGUGUUUUGCUUGAAGCAAUGGACGAAUUAGAAGUUGCAUUCUCACAUUCACAAUCGAAACGCACCGAUUGCAAUCACAUUUUCUUAAACUUUGUGCCAACGGUCAUUAUGGAUCCAGCCAAAAUUGAAGAAUCAGUUACAAAAAUGGUCAUGCGCUAUGGACCACGUCUAUGGAAAUUACGUGUACUACAAGCCGAAUUGAAAAUGGUCAUUCGACAAUCACCACAAGCACCAACACAAACCAUUCGUCUUUGCAUUUCAAACGAUUCCGGUUACUUCUUGGACAUUGCCAUGUACACUGAAGUCACCGACAAAGAAAAUGGCGAAAUUAAAUUCAUGGCAUACGGCACAAAACAAGGACCAUUGCAUAAUUUGCCAAUUUCAACACCAUAUUUAACCAAAGAUUUCUUGCAACAAAAACGCUUCCAAGCUCAAUCGAACGGUACAACAUAUGCAUACGAUAUGCCAGACAUGUUCCGUCAAAUGACCGAACGUUUGUGGAAAGAAUUUGCAAAGGCUCGUCCAUCCGUUGAUAUUCGAAUGCCAGAAAAGGUGCUACUUGACUGUAAAGAGCUCGUUUUAGUUGACGAUAAACUCGAAGAAAUUCCACGAUUGCCCGGUGAAAAUGACUGUGGUAUGGUUGCUUGGCGUCUAGUCCUAUCAACGCCCGAAUAUCCAGAGGGUCGUGAAAUGAUUUUAAUUGCAAAUGAUUUAACAUAUCUGAUUGGUUCAUUUGGUCCAAAAGAAGAUUUACUUUUCAACAAAGCUUCGAUAUUAGCAAGAGAACUCAAAGUGCCAAGAAUUUACAUUUCGUGUAACAGUGGUGCACGUAUCGGUUUGGCCGAAGAAGUGAAAUCACUGUUCAGAGUUGCAUGGGAAGAUCCAGAAGAACCAGACAAAGGAUUCAAAUAUUUGUACUUGACCACAGACGAUUAUCAUAAAAUUUCGAACUUGAAUUCAGUGCAUGCUAUUUUGAUCGAGGACGAAGGUGAACAAAGGUACAAAAUUACCGAUAUUAUUGGUAAACAAGAUGGACUUGGUGUGGAAAAUUUGAAAUAUGCUGGUAUGAUUGCCGGUGAAACAUCACAAGCAUACAAUGAAAUUGUUACCAUCUCAAUGGUAACAUGUCGUGCUAUUGGUAUUGGAUCAUAUCUAUUGCGUUUGGGUCAACGUGUGAUUCAAAUCGAUAAUUCUCACAUUAUUUUAACGGGAUAUGCAGCUUUAAAUAAGUUAUUGGGACGAAAAGUGUACGCUUCAAAUAAUCAACUUGGUGGUACGCAAAUUAUGUACCAAAAUGGUGUGACACACAAAACUGAAGCGGUCGAUUUGGAUGGUAUUUAUACAAUCCUCUCAUGGUUAUCAUACAUUCCGGCAAAGGUUGGCGUUGGAUUGCCAAUCGUUAUUCCAAAUGACCCAAUUGAACGACCAGUUGCUUUUGUACCAACAAAAGCACCAUACGAUCCACGCUGGAUGAUUGCUGGACGACCAAAUCCAACCAAUCCUGGUGAAUGGGAAUCCGGUUUGUUCGAUCGUAACUCAUGGUCUGAAAUUAUGGAACCAUGGGCACAAACUGUUGUCACCGGUCGUGCACGUCUUGGUGGUAUUCCAGUCGGUGUGAUUGCUGUGGAGACGCGUACAGUUGAAUUGACAAUGCCAGCCGAUCCGGCCAAUCUCGAUUCAGAAGCAAAAACAUUCCAACAAGCCGGUCAAGUAUGGUAUCCAGAUUCAUCAUAUAAAACGGCACAAGCAAUUAAAGAUUUCAGUCACGAAGAGUUACCAUUAAUCAUUUUGGCCAAUUGGCGUGGUUUCUCCGGCGGUAUGAAAGAUAUGUACGAACAAAUUGUGAAAUUCGGCGCGUACAUUGUUGACGGUUUGCGUGAGUACAAACAACCAGUUAUCGUUUAUCUGCCACCAAAUUCAGAAUUGCGUGGUGGUGCAUGGGCUGUGCUUGAUUCACAAAUUAAUCCAACCUAUAUGGAAACAUACUCGGAUCCGGAAUCGCGUGGUGGAGUCUUGGAACCAGAAGGUAUCGUUGAGGUUAAAUUCAAAGAAAAGGAUUUGAUUAAGACCAUCAAUCGUUUGGAUCACGUGGUGAUGGAUUUGAAAAACCAAAUCGAACAAAAUGCUAGUGACAAGGAAUUGGUUUCACAAUUGGAACUAAAAAUCAAAGAGCGUACGCAAGCGUUGACACAUGUCUAUCAUACGGUUGCCGUACACUUUGCUGAUUUGCAUGACACACCCGAACGUAUGCUGGAGAAGGGUUGUAUCAAUGACAUUGUACCAUGGCGAACAUCGCGUAGCUGGUUGCAUUGGCGUUUGCAUCGUUUAUUGCUUGAACAUCAAAUGGUGAAGAAGAUCAUUGCCGCACAUGAUAAUCCAAAUGUUGAUCAAGCAAAGGAAACGUUGUUCAGAUGGUUUGCCGAAGAUAAAGGCGCAACUGAAGCACAUCUUUGGGAAUGUAAUAAAGAUGUUGUUGGAUGGUUGCUCGAACAAACCAAACCCGAUUCGGUCGUCGAAAAUAAUAUCAAUGCAAUUAAACGUGAUGCAAUCAUAUCACAAAUUCGUAAAUCGCUUGAAGAAUGCCCUGAUGUUGCACUUGAAACUUGCAUUGGUCUCUGUCAAACAUUAUCGUCAACGCAACGUGGUGAAGUUGUUCGUACGCUCGCACAACUAGAGCUAACAAAUGAAUCCGAACAAGUAUGACCAAGAAAACAUUAGACGUUUAGGCAUGAAUUUUUUUUUGCACAAUAAACAGAUUUAACAAAAAAGAA